CCACCUGCCUUGGCUUCGCAAAGUGCCAAGGUCUGAGAUUACAGGCAUAAGCCACCAUGCCUGGCCUAGUGUGUAUCUUUUAACAUUAAGUCUCUCUGGUUUGGCUUUAUUCUCCCUUUUGUGAUUUUUAAAAUUUAUGGCAAAUGCUGCCCCAUAGAUGUUCAACUGAAGGAUCUUAACAACAAUAUUAGUUCCACAUUUGUCCUGAGACAAGAAUUGUACUGGUACUAUUUCUGCCCUUUUGCCUUUAGAUAAGUUACAACCUAUUUAAACCUCACUUCACCAUCCAGGAAGCUCACUGCCUUUGCUCAUUUGAGAAUGGUGGUGAGGACCAUCACUAAUGGAUGUGCAAGAUACUUGCAAACCGUAAAACAUUACCCACUUAUAAAGGUAGGAUAUAGGUUGCUACUUCUGUUUUUCAUUUUUUAGAGACAGGGUCUCACUGUUUGAGACCCAGGCUGGUUGCUUCGCUGUUGCCCAGGCUGGUCUUGAAUUCCUUGCCUUGAGCUAGCUUCCCGAGUUGCUGGAAUUACAGGUGUGAAGCACUGUGCCCAGCCGGUUGCCGCUUUUAGUGUUGUUCACACCUGUUCUUAUUUUGAUUUUGUGGAUUUUUAAGAUUCCAGUUCAAAGUUAAGCACCUAAGAGCAUACGUUAAGGUGUAGAGAAUAACAAAGAAUGCUUGCCUUUCAGAGUCAUCCUUUUUGAACUUCCAUGACUCAGACUGCGAACCCAAGGGAUCACCACCCUGUGACUCCUUGCUUUCCCUCAACACUGAAAAGAUCCUGAGCCAGGCCAAGUCUAUUGCAGAACAAAAGAGAUUCCCGUUUGCCACUGAUAAUGACAGCACAAAUGAAGAGUUAGUGGUCUCUAUGAUGAAGCAAUACGGCAUUUUUCAACAAUGCUUCAGGAGGAGCCUGAUCUGGUUAGUGCAAUUUAUGGCCGAGGGAUAGCCUAUGGAAAGAAGGGACUACAUGACAUUAAGAAUGCUGAGCUUGCUCUGUUCGAACUGAGCCGAGUAAUUACCUUGGAACCAGAUCGUCCAGAGGUAUUUGAGCAGCGAGCAGAAAUCCUGUCCCCUCUGGGACGAAUUAAUGAAGCAGUGAAUGACCUCACUAAAGCUAUUCAGCUGCAGCCCUCAGCACGGCUGUACAGACAUCGGGGAACCCUGUACUUCAUAUCAGAGGACUAUGCAACAGCCCAUGAAGACUUUCAGCAGUCCUUAGAACUGAACAAAAACCAGCCUAUAGCUAUGCUAUACAAAGGUUUAACUUUCUUUCACAGAGGACUUCUGAAGGAAGCUAUUGAAUCCUUCAAAGAAGCUUUGAAGCAGAAAGUUGAUUUUAUUGAUGCAUAUAAAAGUCUAGGACAGGCCUAUAGAGAACUGGGCAAUUUUGAAGCAGCCACAGAGAGCUUUCAAAAGGCAUUGUUGCUCAACCAAAAUCAUGUGCAAACCCUCCAGCUCCGGGGAAUGAUGCUCUACCACCACGGCAGCUUACAGGAAGCCCUUAAGAACUUUAAGCGGUGUCUGCAGCUAGAGCCGUAUAAUGAAGUGUGCCAGUAUAUGAAAGGCCUCAGCCAUGUUGCCAUGGGACAGUUUUAUGAAGGGAUAAAAGCACAAACAAAAGUUAUGCUGAAUGACCCUCUCCCAGGCCAGAAGGCUAGCCCUGAAUAUCUUAAAGUGAAGUAUCUCCGAGAAUAUUCUCGAUAUCUUCAUGCACACCUUGAUACCCCACUUACGGAAUAUAACAUUGAUGUGGAUCUGCCUGGAAGCUUUAAGGACCAUUGGGCUAAAAAUCUGCCUUUCCUCAUAGAAGACUAUGAAGAGCAGCCAGGGUUGCAACCCCACAUAAAAGAUGUGUUACAUCAGAAUUUUGAGAGUUAUAAGCCUGAAGUACAGGAGCUGAUUUGUGUGGCUGAUCGUUUGGGAUCCCUGAUGCAAUAUGAAACACCUGGUUUCCUGCCAAACAAGAGAAUACACAGAGCUAUGGGUUUGGCCGCAUUGGAGGUCAUGCAAGCCGUGCAACGUACAUGGACCAACUCGAAAGUUCGAAUGAAUGGAAAGACACGGUUGAUGCAGUGGAGAGACAUGUUUGACAUUGCAGUUAAAUGGAGAAGGAUUGCUGACCCGGACCAGCCAGUGCUGUGGUUAGAUCAAAUGCCAGCACGAAGUCUUAGCAGAGGUUUUAACAACCACAUCAAUUUAAUCAGGGGUCAGGUGAUCAACAUGAGAUACCUGGAAUAUUUUGAGAAAAUACUUCAUUUUAUUAAAGAUAGGAUUCUUGUUUAUCAUGGAGCUAAUAAUCCUAAAGGACUGCUGGAAGUUCGAGAAGCUCUGGAAAAGGUACACAAAGUAGAGGACCUUCUUCCGAUUAUGAAGCAGUUUAAUACUAAAACAAAGGAUGGGUUCACCGUGAACACAAAAGUUCCCAGCCUUAAAGAUCAAGGGAAGGAAUACGAUGGAUUCACAAUCACGAUUACAGGAGACAAAGUUGGCAAUAUAUUAUUUUCUGUGGAAACUCAAACCACAGAAGAAAGGACACAAUUAUAUCAUGCUGAAAUAGAUGCACUUUAUAAAGAUUUGACAGCAAAAGGAAAAGUAUUGAUUCUUUCAUCAGAAUUUGGGGAGGCUGAUGCUGUCUGCAACUUAAUCUUAUCCUUAGUUUAUUACUUUUAUAAUUUAAUGCCGCUCUCUCGAGGAUCCAGUGUAAUUGCUUACUCAGUCAUCGUGGGAGCACUGAUGGCAAGUGGAAAAGAAGUAGCAGGAAAAAUUCCCAAAGGGAAGUUAGUCGACUUUGAAGCUAUGACAGCCCCUGGUUCAGAGGCCUUUAGCAAAAUCGCCAAAAGCUGGAUGAACUUGAAAAGCAUUUCACCUUCUUAUAAGACUCUUCCGUCAGUAUCAGAAACAUUUCCAACGUUAAGAUCGAUGAUCGAGGUGCUAAACACAGACUCUUCUCCACGCUGUCUUAAGAAACUCUAGUUCUGCUGUGGUAAUUUAUACAAGUAAAGGGCCGGACCUCUUGCUUCUUAAGUUAUUUUUUAGAACAUGGAAUUAUAAAGAAAUUAGGUCAUCUAUUACUUUUGAUACCAAUUUUUGAUAGGAAUUGAAUACUUGAAAUCAUUUUCUUUACUUUUCUGAACCAUAACAAAAGUCCUGAAAGAGGCUUUCGGGGGAAAAAGCUACUUGACUUGGAGGGAAAGUGUACGUGUUAGCCAGCGGCCUAUUGGUUUCCACUUAUAAAGUCAUAUAACUCCUUCCUUACAGUAAAAAAACAUUUUCUUCAACAACUAAAAAAUAAUGAUGAAGUAAACAAGAACAAAACCAAAUAGGUUUGUAUUCCUUUAGAGAUCUGGAUAUUUUUCAAAGAGUUUCUAUGCACAUUGUGAUAGAGCAUCUUUUGUUGACUCACGCAACCUCCAUGUGUGAGUCCUUUGUUUUAUUUGAACCCUGGUAGAAGGUUCCUGGGCCAUCAGUAUGUGUUAAAGAGCUCACAGCCAGGAGCAAUUAUUUUGAACAAUGCAGGCAGUAUUUGCCAAUGUCCCAAACGCUGAAUUAUUGAACAAUGUGUUUUUUUUCUUUGUUGAAAAAAAAUAAACUGGGGUGAUUUCUAUAAAUCACCAGUGUUUGGCACUGGAUUAUGUAUGUGUUUAUUUUGUGAACCAGUUUCACUUUCAGGUAUAAGAACAUUCAGAAAAUUUAUCUUAUUUUUUUUCCCAGACAGGGUGGAUGACAGUGGGUAAAAUGGGUUAAUGAAAACUAAUUGCCGUUUCCAAAUGGCACCGCCCAUUAGCGAGCCUGCUCUUCUCUCCCUUCUACAGGACGCACCCCCAGCUCUUCACUUGGCCACUUCUCCCAGUCCGUUGUCAUUUCUCUUGGACCACUUCCGUAGUCUCCUGACUCAUCUUCUUGCUGCUGCUCUGUUUAAAUCCCACGGCCCCCGCUUUGUCCUAAAAUGAAAUGCAGUCUCCUGCUAUGGCCUAGCUGACAUGGCUGUGUUUCUCUGAUUGCAUCUCUUUCUCCCCACACUCCUUUUUUAGUACCAUCCACUCACCUAGGCUUUUCCUUCCUUGAGAACCUUACAGUUAGCUUGACACGGUCCGAUAGAACAUUCUGUGAUGACGUUCCAGAAUGUUCUGUGUGCUGCCAGUAUGGUAGUCAGUAACCUCAUGUUGCUACUGAGCACUUGAAACAAGACUAGUGUGCCUGAGGAGCUGAGCUUCACAUUUAGUGUUAAUUAAUUUAAAUUCCAAUAGCUACAUGUAGCUAGUGGUUACUAUGCUGGCCCAUGCAGCCUACGGAGUUCCUAGUGAGACUUUAUAGGUUUUUCCACAGAAACAAUUCAGAAUGGUGUUCUCCCAUGGCAGUUUAAUAUCAUUUUGAAUUUGAGGUUGAAAUAUCAUUUUGAAUUACUCGGGCAAGUCUUAGCUACUCAGACUUGUCCGAGUAGCUAAGCUCUUACUAUGAUCUGUUUUUAUUCACAAGAGUUCUGAUACCAGAUAUGUGGAGUUUUCCCCCAUACCAAUCAAUUCUCCAGCUUUCCAUAUAUCAGCUGGAGUGGGGAGGGAUCCUGCAAUUCACAUCUGACACUAACUUCCUGGAGUUUACACAGACUGUAGAGGUUAAGGGCUCAGUCUCACAAGACAGCUCCCUUUUCAGAUGCCAGUUGCAAGUCAGGAUCUUCUGUACUUCUGACUGAUUGGCUGUAACUCAGGGGUCCCAUCACCCCCUGCCUCCUCAUGUUUGAUAGUUUGCAAGAAUGGCUCACACAAUUCAGGGAAACCCUUUAUUUGCUAUUACUGAUUUGUUAUAUUGGAUACACGUGAACAGCCAAAUGGAAGAGGUACACAGGGCAAGGUAUGAGGGGGGCAGCGUGGGCGCUUCCAUGCCUUCUCCAGGCCCACCACCCUCCCUGCACCUCAAUAUGUUCACCAACCAAAAACCCCAAACCUUUUGACUUUACAUCAUUGGCAGUUAGCUCAAUCCUCAGCCCCACUUUUCUCUCUGGAGGCUGGGGGUUGGGACUGAAAGUUACUCUAAUCACAUGGUUUGUUCCUCUGGCUCCCAACCCCCAUCCUCCAAGAGUCACCUCAUCAGCAGAAAUUCAGGUAUGGUUGAAAGGUGCUUAUUAACAAAAAACACUUCUCAGCCUGAUCGCUCAGAAAACCCGAGAGUUUUGCAAGCUCUGUGCCAGGAACUGGAGGGCAGAGAUCAGCCAUAUCUUUCUUAUUACUUCAGUUCCAUUGAUAAAAUUGGUCCUGUGAAUCAAGAUGUUUGAACUUUUAAAAAACUGACUUUAAAAAAUCUAGAGCAAAAUUUGUUAGUACAUUAAGAAAUUUAGUGUGGAAUUUCUUUGGUAUAGAAACUAUAUGAGGGUCAAGAAACUGACAUCUAAAUCUGUGAUCAUUACUCUGAUCAUUUGGAAAUAAGGAAUAAAAUUGAUACACCUCAGAAGAGAGAUGAGCAAAAUCACCUAAAGAAACCCAGUGUGUCCCAGAUCAGCAAAAUCUGACUGUUCAUGAGUACAUCUUAAGAUGUCUGUAAUCAGGCUCAUGAUUCCUUCACCCAAAGUCUGUUCCUCCCCACUCUUCCCCGUGUCAGAGAUGGCUCCCUCUUCACUCAGCAGCUUUAGCCAGACACCCAGGCAGCCUGCACUGCCCUCCUGCAGUUUUCAAAUCAUCACCAUGAGCCACUGCACCCAGCCACAUAUGACUUCUUUCCGAAUGAAGACUGAGAUCAAGCAAUCCAGAGUAGGCAAGCAAAAAAAAAA